GUUCAUACGUUCUUUACAAUAUUUCAUAAAUUUUCUAUAUAAUAUUAGAUAUCUAUUGUUUUUGUAUCAUAGAAGUGUGUUAGAGAAAUCCAUGACAACAUAUGAAACUAACGUUAAAUAUAGUGGGGAGUAUGGUAAAUGAUUCAUUUUUUAUACCGCAAUAAAAAUAAUAUUAUCUCAUCAUUAUCUCAAUUAAAAACUAUUGAAUUUUUUCAGAGCUCAUCUGCGAAGUGAUAAUUCUGGAAGAUUCCGAUCUGUAUGCAAUUAUUAACUGCUUAAAAACAACAGAAUGCUAUCCAUUAUAUAAAAUAUGGGUGCAAGUGUCUGUGGUGGAGAAAUUUUUAUGGCUUACAAAGAACUACAGAAAUUUAGAAAUAUCUUCAUCUGUUCACACAUUUCAAUUAUUGAAAAAUAUUGAACUCUGUAUAUGUAAUCAUUUUUCUAUGAGCAUAAGCGUAGUGUCCAUAUGGUCAGAAAAUAUUGUAGCUGCGAAGAAUUUUGCAUUGUCCUUAAACAAACAUAUGGUAUUUAUAAAUUCACAUAUGGAAUUUGCUGGUGGUAGAACGGUAUUACCUUAUAUGGAUAUAUGUUUUCUAAAUUGGAAGGAAUACAAAUUUAAUACAAUAUGCAAAGAAAAAUCAGAUAUGACUGAUUUAGCAAAAAGCAAAAAUAGAAUGAAUAUAUUAAACAUUUCUGAAACAAAUUGUUUAAUAUAUCAUUUAUUUUAUGAUGGUAUGUGGCAAAAACCUACACAAAACACAUAUUGGAAGCACAAUGAUAUUUUAUGGGCCAAUGCAACAAACAGCGAUAUUGUAAGGUGUUAUGAAUCAGCCAAGAAAGGAUUCGAAAUUUGGAGUGCCAAAUCUGUUAAAUCUAGAAUAGAAAUAUUAUCUAAUCUCGAGUCCAUGUUAAAUUCUGCUGGUAAACCUGUAUUGGCAGCUAUAAUAAUACGAUGUAGAAACCUCGAAAAAAUUUGUCUAAAAGUCACAGGAUUUACUUCGGUAAUUGCAAAAGUAGAAAUGAUGCAUAAUCGCAUACCAUUAGGUGUUAUCAUUCUUAAGGAGAAGAACGAAAACAUUUUAUUUAUCCGAUUACUGCAAACUUUAAUAACUGGGAAUACCGUCAUUGUUAUAAAUGAUGUGAAUUCUUGUAACCUGUUACCAUAUUGCGAAAUGUUUACAACGUGCGGUAUACCUGCAGGCGUUAUCAAUUUAUUAUCAUGUGAAAAUAUAAAUGUGCUAGAAAACAGAUUAUGCUCAGGACAAUAUUCAGAUUAUAUAAAAGCUUUCUUUGAUAAAAGUACAACGACAUCAGGGCAAUCAUAUAUAAAGUCAUAUAAAAAUCUUACCAUGUCUAAACAAAUCGUAAUUCCUUCUAAAUAAUUUUGGUGCAUGUAAUAUUGCAUGUAGUGUUACAUUAAAUGUACGAAUAUAAAUAUCUUGAUUUCUUACUUCAAUAUUAUAAUUUCAUUUUCGUGUAACAAUUAUUUGAAAUAAGACUAAUACUCGAGAGAAUUGUAUUCUUUUGUUGAUAGAAAGCUGUAAAAAUUUAUAUAAAUUAUAUUUCUAUAUUCAUAAAUUUGCAUGUUAU